AUGGCACCUGGGAAGCAACCUGUACGCACAUGGACGGAAGACCAGCUCAAGGUCCUCAACAACGCCAAGAGGGAAUUUCACACCGCCGACAAUGUCAAGCGGCAGGCCGUCGCCGAUGCCGCCGCAACAGAAAUCCAAGCCGCGUUGGAGGGGGCAGGUGAGCGGUUCGACAGCAAGGCUAGUCAGGCUCUGUUUACUGCGGUCCGUGGAUGGUUGAAGGCGCGGUGUAAAGCAAAGCGGAAGGCGGAUGCUAUUACCUGGAAGGGUGUAAAGGCGCGCAACGUGUUCAUUCGCCACAACCGCCGCUCUAUUAAGGAAACACAGAAAGCCUUGUACGAGAAGGCUACUGGUGAUAUAUUUCCUUACGCCGUGGAUACAUUCGUUGAUACACCCUUGCCCGCCUUGGACGAACAGGACAUGGCUUUCUUGGAGGAGAAUGGAAUGAGCCCCGAUGACCCUGAACUCGACGCGGCGCUCGGCAUGGACGACGAUGAAGAUGAAACAGAUGAGGAAAUCACUUCGUCGGAUGACGACAGUGACAACGACGAAGACAACAGCCACGGCUCCGCCAAGAAGACCAAGAGCGGUGCUACGUCAACUAGAAACCGUGGCGGUAAGAAGACCAAAGCCUCAGAGCCAACUCCAUUCCAGAAGCGCAGCAACCAAGUCUUUUCGUACUUUCAAGAUGCUGUGUCGCUCCUUUGGAAGAAGCUGCCCGCCGAGGAAAAGCGACGGUACCGCCUUCGGGCAUUUAUCAACAAACAGCGGGGUCCGACUGUCGAGGAACAGGCAGAAAUGGCUGACAAGGAGCUUCCGGCGUGGUUAGAAGGAGUCGCAGCGCAGGGGCAACAGAAAUACAAUGUCCGCAUGGUGUUCACUCUGGUAUUUCUGGACAGGAACGGCGUCAUGAAUAUCUGGACCUCCGAUUACAACAGCAACAUUGGAGGAACCAAUUUCACUGACAUCCACCCGAGACUGUUUGAAGACAGUGGCCUCAACGCCGCCUUUGGUGCUUGGGGCCGCAGGGAGUUCCGACAGGACAAUGCCCCCAUCAAAAUUAUCUCCAAGCGACAAGGAGCUCAUGCUCUUAUAAACCUGCCCUCAGGAUCGGAUGGUGCGCGCUUGGUCGACCCUACCAAGCCUCCGAUACCUCCCGUGGCAAAGCCAUGGUUGAUGGACUUGCUGAGGUCGUACUUCACUCAUAAGUAUGUCGAAGCUUGCAAUGCCAAAGAACGCGUGAAAUGUCCAUGGGCGGAUAUUGAGAAGGGGCCGUCCCGCUUCUUCGACAGCGACAUCCUCCCCACCGACUAUCAGGCAAUGAUUAGGGAGCCCUCAAGGAUGACGGUGGCCGAAUUGAAAGCGGUGCUGGGUUAUCUGUACACCCGGCAGGAAAGUGGGAUCCAACCUCCCUUCCGCUUCGACUAUUACAUCGACAAGUCCAGCGGCACCGGCAAUAUGGUCAGGUCCCACCAGCUAAGUGGGCAAACCCCUGACCGCCAGCAGCCUAUUCGUGCGCCUGUCGCCGGUCCCGUUAUAAAGCCGGCCUCAACCCCCACCCCCGAACCCGCCGUUACCACCCCCAGGGUUAAGCCUGCUGCCACUAAACCGAUGGUCAACACCGCCACGAAACCGGCCAACAGCCCCGCCCCCGAUAUCGACACCGCUUUCGAACCGCCUUUUGUACCCGCCGUUACCCCGCCCAGGAUUAAUCCUGCCACCAAACCCACAGUCAAUACAGCAACGAAGCCGAUCGUUAACCCUGCCACGUCACCCCCAGUUAACAUGGCUACCAAACCCGCGAUUCCCACCUCUACCAAACCAACUGCCACCCCCAUUAGCAAGGCCACGCCCGCCCCAUUGACGCCCAUCACCCCAUCGGCAACCUUGCCCGACAUCGAGGAGGAGGCAGAGUUCGAGCAGCAUGGUUCUACAGAUGAGACCCUGCCUAGCGUUGCCCCAUUUCUCGAACCACCCCUACCUCAACCACCCAUACUUUCUGCACGUCCGAAACCGAGGCCGCGCCCCUCAGGGACACCCUGGACACCAGACAAACCCAGACGUUCGGCUGCAGAGCUGGUGAGAGCUCUUGGAGGAUCGCCCUCAAAACUGCACAUCCAACCUCCCACCCCCUCCGCCGGGCCAUCUUCAACAAAGACAGUGGAACCGCCUUCAAAGAAACCUGCGCGGAAGCGCACGAGGGAAGGCAUUGAACUGUUGCCUUUGCCGACGGAAGGUGUAACUACUAGAUCCCGCGGUGGCCUUAACCGCAGGCAAACCAGGAGCAUGAAAUAG